UAUAUCCAGUCUCCAGCAGCCUGAACUCCGCUACCAGGGUGUGACGGUGAAACGACGUUUGUACUCAUUCACUCUCGCCCGAGGGUCUCCGAGCGCGGAAGAGGCGAGGACCUCAGUCGGCUCGGAGCAAGAAGAGGUCGGCGGCCCGUCGCCCAGCCCGGGGGCGGCACUUGUCCCUCCGCUUCCCCCGGGGCCCGCCCGGCUCUGCCCCCGCUCCGUCCCGCGGCGAGCUCNCUCACCCGCCGGCUGCGCGGGGCCGGCGCCUCGUUCUCGGUCUCCUCUGGCUGCUCUGCCGGAUCUUCCCCGCGCUGCCGGCGAGCGGACGGCACUGGUGGCGGGCGUCAGGGUGCCGUCCUUCCCGGGGGCCGGCGCCGCGCUUGACUGCUGCUUCGCGCCCGCGGCGAGGGGCCGCCGCGUCCUCACCGUGCUCGCAGAGGGCCUGGCAGCCGGCAGCAUGUCAACUGUGCGCAGGAAGUUUGGGGACGAGUACCAGGCGGUGGGCCCGGCUCGCAGCGGCACCCGCAGAGAGCGGCAGCGCUUUGUGGACAAGAAUGGGCGCUGCAACGUGCAACACGGGAACCUGGGUGGUGAGAGCAGCCGCUACCUGUCUGACCUCUUCACCACGCUGGUGGACCUCAAGUGGCGCUGGAACCUGCUCAUCUUCCUGCUGACCUACACGGUCGCUUGGCUGGUCAUGGCCUCGAUGUGGUGGGGCAUCGCCUACCUGCGAGGUGACCUGCACCGGGCGCAUGAUGACACCUACAGUCCGUGUGUGGCCAACGUGUACAACUUUCCUUCUGCCUUCCUCUUCUUCAUAGAGACCGAGGCCACCAUUGGCUACGGGCACCGCUACAUUACCGAGCGCUGCCCAGAGGGCAUCGUGCUCUUCCUUUUCCAGUCACUGCUGGGCUCCAUCGUUGAUGCGUUCCUCAUUGGCUGCAUGUUCAUCAAGAUGUCCCAGCCCAAGAAGCGAGCUGAGACCCUCAUGUUCAGCCAUGCUGCAGUUGUCUCGCAGCGGGAUGGCAAGCUCUGCCUCAUGUUCCGUGUCGGCAACCUCCGUAACAGCCAUAUGGUGUCUGCCCAGAUCCGCUGCAAACUGAUCAAGUCCCGACAGACACCGGAGGGAGAAUUUCUGCCGCUAGACCAGUGUGAACUGGAUGUUGGAUUUGGAACUGGAGCUGACCAGCUGUUUUUAGUUUCCCCAUUAACCAUCUGUCAUGAAAUUAAUUCAAAGAGCCCGUUUUUUUGUCUGUCACAAAGAUCACUAAGAAGCGAGCAAUUUGAAAUAGUUGUCAUCCUUGAAGGAAUUGUUGAGACUACUGGAAUGACGUGUCAAGCUAGGACCUCAUAUACAGAAGAUGAAGUUCUUUGGGGUCACAGAUUCCUCCCAGUAAUGUCCCUAGAAGAUGGCUUUUUCCGUGUCGAUUAUUCUCAGUUUCAUGCUACAUUUGAAGUCCCUACUCCUCCUUACAGUGUUAAAGAGCAAGAAGAAAACCUGUCCCUAUCUUCUCCUUUGAAUAGUCCUGGCAAUAAUAACAAAACCAGAAGAGAACAGGUUUGUUCGCUUGACUGUAUUGAUACUGCAGGAGAGAAAAACAAGCUCCCUUUUAAACUUCAGAAGAUUAACUUGAGAAAGGAAGACCUUCCAAGAAGAGCCCUGAGAAUGAGUUCCAGUAACACAGAGGAGACUUGCAGUAUGGGAGAUCUCUUGAACAUUCAAGAAAUACAUCCUAUCUCUAACAGUGAAGACAGUGAUGACAGGAUACAGCUGAAAGCCUUACAAAUAAAUGACGAGGCUUUGACUCAGUCUACCAGUGAUCUAAAGUUACAGAAGAACCCUCAAAGUAUGUGCGCUCUAGAGAUGAAACUGGAAGAUAAUUUUCCUGCCAAACUUUGAAAAAUGAACUCUGAUUGCCUCUCUUAAGAGCAGAAGCAACAGGAGUUGUUGGCUGAUAAAAUUCAAGACUGGUGACCCGAAAGAGUCUUACAGUAAGUCUUACAGUAAAUUCAUAAUUUUGUUUUGCCCCUUUCAGGAAGAACGAUCUUUUUUGUAUCAUUGUUCUGUACAGAUCCAACUUAGGUAGCAUAAUAGCAUUUUGAGGGGCAGUAAGGACCGUUAUGUCAAAGAGCUAGCUGCCCUAAAGACAUUUAUCAGCAUGCUUGUUGCAAAUCUACAUUGUCUUCCAUAAAGCAUAUGCUUUUUCAUGAAGCAGGGACCAGGUCCUUGGCUGCAGAGUGAAAUAUUCAGAGAUCAAGCCAAAAAGGAUGUAAAACCAGAUGAAACACAAUUUUGUGCAGCUCAGAUCUUGGACCAUUCCUCAUGUGUAGAACAGCAGAACACAGGAAGAAACUUUGAUGCUGCUCAGCCAUAGUCCAGUUCUCUCUCAGUCCGUUGGAAGGUGGCAUUCCUGUGCAGCCUAGUGCCACGCAUCCUUCUUUCUCAGUGGUUGUGGCAUGCCAGCUCCGUGGCCUGAGAAUCUCGUUCAUUGUCAUUAAAGGCUUCCUUUACUUUACGGUUUGCAAUAGCCAUUUGUGUCAUUUGACUCACACAAGCUCUCGUAAACACAAGGAUUGUUUAUCCUGCCCAAAAUUAGACCCAAGCACUCGAUCAGGGGGAUCACAUGUUGAAUUUUAAUGACCGUAUCACCACUCACCGUGAAGAGAACUUGUAAUCUCAACUUAAUGGUAUGUCUCAUACCUCAAAUUCAUGAAAUUUUACCUUGGAGACUCAUUGUAAGUAAACAUAAGCAAAGCACUAGAUAAUGCUCUGUCAUUACAGGAGUGGACAAUAGUAUGUACACAUCUCAGAGUUUUACUAAUGAAUGUUUGGGUCUUUGAUGUUGCUCUUUUUUUUUUUUUUGGUUACAUUUGCCUUCUUUUAUGUAUGAGUCUCAAUUUUGUAGAUUUGACAUUUAUGGGAUUAUGCAAUUUAUUGCAGGGUAGAACUCAGUUUUAACAUAAAUACAUUAAGAUACUGAAAGAAAAAGCAGCUCAGAUCUGUAGCAUGUUAAAUGUGCAGCUGAGAGAGGGCUUUCAUGGUUUGGAGCCUAAUGAAGCAUUCUCUCAAAUUGCCUCUGGUAGUAAUGGUGAUUUACUUUGAAUUGUUGAAUUAAUUAUUUUAGAAGAUCAUCACUGGAAGAUGGCAACCUUAUCUGUAGAAGGGACCAAAAAGAUGUUAGUGAAUAUUUAUACAGAGGUGUUGGUAUUUUGCUAUUCAGUAUGUCUUUAAAGAGUUGUACAGCUUUUUCUAAGUGACUGGCCUUGAACAAGAGAGAAAUAUGCUUUUAUGGUUUUAAAACAGAUCUUGCAUAACUGAGACUGCUGUUUGCCUUACUAAUCAUCAUGAAAUGGUGAGAACUAGACUUCGACUAUCUGAGAUUUCCUGCAGUUCUACACUUCAGAAAAAUUUCAUUACUAUUAAGCUGUUUUGCUGUCCCAUCUCAGUCUGUGAAAGAGGUCUUUUUUUUCCAGUUGGUGAUGAGCAAGCAUAAUCAGAACUUGCUGUUUUGUAAAAUGCAGUGUUCUGUUACUCAGCAUACUGGGUGCUUAUCACUAGCAGAGCACUCCUGUUACAUGGACAGAAUUUGGUCAAAUUUAAAAGGGGUCGUGGCCAUAUUGAUUGGCAACACAUGCCUUGAUGACUAGAAAAAAGAGGUGAAGUGAUAUAUCCAAGCUGGGGAUGGCUCAGCUUGCAUAAAUUGCUACUUCUAUCUUUUGAUCUCCUGCCUACAGUGUGGAACUAGAAAGUGGUAUUUUUUUAAACAGGUAGGAUUUACUUGUUGUUUUUCUUGUUUAUUUUCAACGUGAAUUUCAACAUUAUAUAUGUGCUGAAAUCUGUAUUUUCAUUUAUUAAAUGUAUUAGUAUGGGAUAUUCAGAUGACAGCAUGAAGACUUGAUGGAUGAUGACUCUCCCCACUCUUCAGAACAGCCAAAAUUAGUAUAAAAUAAAUUUACAUCCACCUUGUAUUUCGAGCAUUCCUGUGAGUCAGUCAGCUCAGAGUGCGUUUCUAAUAGACACAGAAACAAUGAGCAAAAGUACCCUGUAUCUGCUUUUUCCGCACAUGUCAUGCAGCUGUCAGACACAUAAGGCAGUAGUAUUCUGUGCUGCUGUUUAUUCUGGAGGAUGGUUCUAAGCUAUUUUCAGUUUUCCCAGUUCUGGACUACUCCUAUAGCUACAGAGAAGAUUUAAUUGUGGCCUCCCAAGACUUGUCUGUAGACCAGUCUCAAUGCUAAGCAGAAUCUUCAUGCUCUAAAUGUAUUAUGGAAGGGCUUGCAAACCAUGUGGUGGUUUUCUGCAAUGCCUGCUGUGACAAAAAUAAUUAUCAGAAGUAGUUCUGGGAACCCUAUGGCGACUCUGUUCUUACUGCGUGAAGCAAAAGGAUGUCUUCCUGAGACUGAGGGCUGCAGCGCGUAUCUCUCCUAACACUAUUAUUAUUACUCUUACUCCUCAAGGACUGUAUUUGCUCUGGAAGAGAGUAAGGAUGAAGGAGUAGAAAAGUAAAAUGGCACAACAAGCAAAAUGACAGGGUACCCAGAGAUCCAAGAGGGCAAGGAGGAAGAGCACAGCUAGCUUUGCGUGGCCCCAGGAGGGCACCAAGGGGCCCCCAGCGACUGCAGAGCCGUGUGUGACCGAGGAGUCACCAGUGCCGCCACCAGAAGCCGGAUGACAAGGUGGAUCAAGCCCCAGACUGGAAAGCAGGUGGGAGCAAACCAUCCCCCAGCUCCAGGAUCGUGCAGGAUGGACCGAGCAGGAGCAGGGAGCAGUACGUGCCCUUGCUUUUUCAGCGGGUGGCCCGGCUCCGAGCCUGCUCUGUGGCUACAAAUGGAACCCUGCAGCCAGGGUCUCCAGCAGCAUGUGCUACGCCAGCACAGCGUCAGAGGGAUGACGGCCAGCGGGGCGGCUGGCUGAGACACAUCUGUGCAUUGUGGCCACCCACCACCUGCCUUGUGACUUCUGGUGCUGGGCAAUGCAGGUGGUCAAGAUCAUGACAAAAACUUUCUCCUGUGCCACCCAGCGUUCAGUUCUGUGCUCUGAUCUGAGGUCUCGGUUUGAUGCUGUAGAGGCAUGACACAUGGUGCCAGACCGGUGAGGUGGCAAGGAGCUGAGAGGUGUGAAAUGUGCUUUCAGGCUGCUAGUCUAAGCACAGACAGAUGCAGUUUUCUCUCAACUACCAGAAAUUAAUUCCAUCCCCAAAGGAAAAAGCUCAAGGGAGGCUGAUGGCCGCUUGGUGACUUGCCACAUCAAGGGCAAUAGCAGGAGCUGACAGUUCCCCACCAGACUGAUGAAUGCCAGUCCAGUAGCAACUGUUCAGAUUUCACAGCAGGUGAAAGCAUAAUGGCACCAAGCCCUGUGAAAUUUCAAUCCCAAGUGUUAUUUAUGUGUAAUGACUAAUAAGUGAUUGGUUUACUCUUUGUA